UUUCUUUUAUUGUUUUUAUAUUGUUGUUAUUUUCUUUUUAAUGAGACUGUGUUGCUUAUCCAGUCAGAAAAGGGAGCGGGGAUGUGCGUUUUGAGAAAAAAACAGAUGGGUGAGGAACUGCGGGACGCCGAGCUGGCUGACUUCGGCCGCAUCACUUCCACGACUCAAGAUGAAUCGAGGGAAUGGGAAUUUUAUUGCCUUCAGUGUGAUGACCAACAUUCAGCCCAGAGCAUGCCUCUCAGGGGUCACCGAGUGCCGGAGCCCGGACGGGUGAACCGCAUCCACUAAGAGCCGUCUUCUGUGCUAAGUGUGGGGAUGCAGAGGGGACAGGAAGGCAGUCCCUGCCUCACCCACCACACGACCCUGAAGGUUGCCCAGAGAAAGGGAGUCAAAAGUCUGUCUUCUCUCGAUCCGGAGGUCCUGUCCGUUUUCGUGCCUCCGUUUGUCAGUAAGGAGGACGGUCAGACGACUGGUGCCAGCUGUGUGCUUCUAAGCAAACCCAGAAGGCGCUCCCUCAGGAAGAAGAGAGAGAAGCCCAAACCAGAGCCCUGGAAGGGCCUCCCGGGGGGCCCCAGAGAGCCCGACUCCGAAGACAUCAGCAUCCCCAAUGGCGUGGACCUGCUCGCCCUGCCUCAGCUGUGCUUCCCAGGGGGUGUGUGUGUGGCCUCUGAACCAAAGGAGGAUUGUGUCCAUUUUCUGGUGCUGACCGAUGUCUGUGGGAAUAGAACCUACGGUGUGGUAGCCCAAUACUACCGGCCCCUGCACGACGAGCACUGUUUCUACAACGGCAAAUCGCACUGGGAGCCGUGCAGACUGAGUGCAGCCGGCUGCUUCGUGCCCUUCGCGGUGUGCGUGGUCUCCAGGUUCCCGUACUACACGGCGCUCAAGGACUGCCUCUCCUGUUUAUUGACUCAUCUGAAGCUCUGUAAAGAUUUUGAAGUCGACAAUCACAUAAAAGAUUUUGCUGCAAAACUAUCUUUAAUACCUAGCCCGCCGCCGGGACCGCUCCAUCUGGUAUUUAACAUGAAGCCGCUACAGAUUGUGUUUCCCUCCCGAGCGGACCCUGACAGCCUGCUCAUCGACCUGGACCUUCACCUGCCCUUGCUGCGCUUCAGGCCCGAGAGGGUGCUGCAGAUCCUGAGCUGCCUUCUCACCGAGCAGCGGAUUGUGUUCUUCUCCUCCAACUGGGCUCUGCUCACGCUCAUCACCGAGUGCUUCAUGGCCUACCUCCACCCACUGCAGUGGCAGCACACGUUCGUGCCCAUCCUCUCUGGCCAGAUGCUGGAUUUUGUCAUGGCUCCUACAUCGUUUCUCAUGGGCUGCCACCUCGACCACUUCGCAGAAGUCAGCAAGGAAGCUGAUGGUUUAAUUCUGAUAAAUAUCGAUAAUGGGAGCAUCACCUACUCCAGUGACGAUGGCAUUGACGUUCCCGACAUCCCUCUCCUGGCGGCUCAGACGUUUAUGCAGAGGGUCCAGAGCCUUCAGCUGCAUCACGAGCUGGACCUCGCUCACCUGGGCUCCAUCACAGACCUGAAUGAGGGGCGAGCCUGCAGGCGGGCCUGGCAGCAGACACUCAACCGCCAGAUCCAGCAGAUGACCCUGCAGCUGCUCGUCAGCAUCUUCAGGGAAGUGAAGAAUCACUUGAAUUACGAACAUCGAGUGUUUAACAGUGAAGAGUUCCUCAAGACCAGAGCUCCAGGGGACCAGGAGUUCUAUAAACAGGUUCUGGAGACCUACAUGUUUCAUUCUUUCCUCAAAGCCCGGCUCAGCAGGAGGCUGGACGCCUUCGCUCAGAUGGACCUUAGCACGCAGUCGGAAGAAGACAGAAUUAAUGGGAUGCUUCUAAGUCCCAGAAGACCGACAAUUGAGAAAAUGGCCUCGCGCAAAGCCUCGGCCUCGCACACCACUCACCGGCGCAUGGUGGUCAGCAUGCCCAACCUGCAGGACAUCGCGCCUCCCGAGCUGCCGCCCCGCAACUCGUCGCUGCGGAAAGUGGACACCGGGGAUUGCAGAAGCAGCAGCACAGUUCUGAAUGUGAGCCCUACGACGACAUACACGUUCAAGCUGCCGGAAAUCCACUUCCCCCUGGUGGGCCAGUGCGUCCAGGCCUAUUACUGUGACUGCGUCAGCCUGCUGAGUAAAGCCAUGAGCUUCCUGGCUCCCGAGAGCUCCGUGCUCCUGGCCCGCUACUUCUACCUCCGCGGGCUGGUUCACCUGAUGCAAGGACAGCUGCUGGGCGCCCUCCUGGACUUCCAGAGUCUGUACAAAACCGACGUGCGGAUCUUUCCUGCCGACCUUGUUAAGAGGACCGUGGACUCCAUGUCGGCCCCCGAGCGCGCCCAGGCCGAGCAGACCCCUGAGCUGAGGAGGCUCAUCAGCGAGGUCAUGGACAAGGCCGGGGAGGCCCCCAAGGCGGAUGACCGCGUCAAGAACUUCGAGCUGCCCAAGAAGCACAUGCAGCUGGACGAUUUCGUGAAGCGGGUUCAGGAAUCGGGCAUCGUGAAGGACAUCGGCACCAUCCACCGGCUCUUUGAGGCGUUGACCGUAGGGCACCAGAAACAGAUCGACCCAGAAACGUUCAGGGAUUUCUACACCUGCUGGAAGGAGACGGAAGCGGAGGCCCAGGAGGUCGUUCUGCCGCCGUCCGUGAUGGAACACCUGGAUAAAAACGAGUGUGUCUAUAAGCUGUCGAGCUCCGUCAAGACCAACCGUGGCGUGGGCAAGAUCGCCAUGACGCAGAAGCGCCUGUUCCUCCUGACCGAAGGCAGGCCGGGCUACGUGGAGAUUUCCACCUUCCGAAACAUAGAGGAAGUCAGAAGUACCACAGUAGCUUUUCUGGUGCUGAGAAUACCCACAUUAAAAAUUAAAAUGGUGUCUAAGAAAGAAGUCUUUGAAGCUAAUCUUAAGACGGAGUGUGACCUGUGGCACCUGAUGGUGAAGGAGAUGUGGGCUGGGAAGAAGCUGGCCGAUGACCACAAGGACCCCCAGUACGUCCAGCAGGCGCUGACCCACGUCUUGCUGAUGGACGCCGUCGUGGGCACGCUGCAGUCGCCCGGCGCCAUUUAUGCUGCCUCCAAAUUGUCGUACUUUGAUAAGAUGAAGAACGAAAUGCCCAUGGCGGUUCCAAAGACGACCGCGGAAACGCUCAAGCACAAGAUCAACCCCUCGGCGGGAGAGAUCUUCCCGCAGGCCGUCGACGUCCUGUUGUACACUCCAGGGCAUCUUGAUCCAGCAGAAAAAGUUGAAGAUGCUCACCCCAAACUAUGGUGCGCUCUGAACGAAGGCAAGGUGACCGUAUUCGAUGCCUCCUCUUGGACGAUCUACCAGCACUGCUUUAAAGUGGGCACUUCUAAACUGAACUGCAUGGUGAUGGCGGAGCAGAACCAGGUGUGGGUCGGCUCGGAGGACUCUGUCAUCUACAUCAUCAACAUCCACAGCAUGUCGUGCAACAAGCAGCUCACCGAUCACCGCUCCAGUGUCACGGAUUUGGUUGUGCAGGACACAGCGGAGGCGCCCAGGGAGGUGUACUCGUGCAGCGUGGAUGGGACGGUCCUGGCAUGGAAUGUGAGCACGCUGCGGGUGACCAGCAGGUUCCAGCUGCCGAGCGGCGGGCUCUCGUCCAUCAGACUGCACAAUGGCCGCCUGUGGUGCUGCACCGGGAACAGUAUCGUGGUUGUGUCAGUGAAUGGAUUUCCCCGCCAAGAACUGAAGAUCGACGAGAACUUAGGAGGGAUAAGCACCUCCUUCCUUGGCUUCCAGCUCAUGCCCGAGCAGGAGCAGCUCUGGGCGGCGUGUGCCGGAUACGACGACAUCUACAUCUGGAGCCUGAAGGACCUGGCCGCGUCCCCGGAGAGGGUUCCCCUUCAGGACUGCUCCGAGAUCAACUGCAUGAUCAGGGUGAAGAAGCAGAUCUGGGUGGGCGGCACGGGGCUGUCACAGGGGAAAUCCAAAGGGAAGAUCUACGUGAUUGACGUCGAGAGGAAGACGGUGGAAAAGGAGCUGGUGGCCCACACAGACACAGUGAAGACUCUGUGCUCGGCCGAGGACAGAUACGUGCUGAGCGGGUCGGGCAGGGAGGAAGGCAAGAUCGCCAUCUGGAAGGUCGAAUAAACGUGGGUGAAUGUGCGGAGUGGAGCUGUGCUCUGUGAGUGAGAACCGUGUGCCCUUGGCUGGCUUUCUGGAGCUUUCCCAGAGAAGGCAGGCACCGGAGCCAGUCUGGGCCCCGGGAGGCGGGGUGUGUCCCCUGCAGGUGCCUGUUGUCUCUCUGCCUCAGUUAGGAGACCAAGGACAACGUGCUUUCUUUCUUGGACCUUCCUAAUUGAACGGUACCCACAGCGUUUCAGGCUGGGGUGCUGAGUUCUCAGGCAGGCAGCUGGAUCACCUUGGGAUAAGCUCUGCUGAGAAGUUACCCUGUGUGUUGUCUAGAAAGUUCCAGAAUCCACAACCAGGGGCCAGCUACAAGCAAUUUAACCAAAUCAGGGUGACCUGCAGACCUCGUGCCCCUGGUUUUGCCUCUCCUCUGCUUCAUUCAUCCGACAAAUACUGCUUAACCGGCUUUACAGGAGCCCUUACUGCCUCGCACUGACUUCUUGUUUCCAGCAAAGCUCACGAGGAGGGCAUUUUAAAAUGACCACUCUGUGGCGGAACAGGUUUGUGCUGCCUUUGCCAUCCCCCAUCAGAGCAGGUGACCAAAGUCUGCCCAGGGCGGGGGCAACUCUUGACCUAAGACUGUCUGGACAAGGGUUGGGCCAGCUGAGGCAAGCUCUGUGUUUUUCCUUUUCCUUUUCUUUUCAAUGCAAAAUUUUUAUAAUGAAGAAACCUAGAGAGACUUUCUUCUACCAAAGGUCACAGACAAAAAGUUCCAUCGUAUGUAGUUUUCCAGUAAAGUUGCUGCCGCCUAAACUUCCUUACCAGAUAUUAACGUACGUUUCCACUCCGUUUGCCUGUGUGUACACCACACGUGGCUCUGUGGAUGGUGCUUUAUAAUUUAACUGAAGAUGAUCUCAUUAGCUAUAAGUAACUAAAUAUUUGCAAAAAAAGCCUUUUGCACAUUUUUACUCUAAUAUUGGGAUAUCAUUCCUUAAAUGUCCAGCAAGGGAGGUUUUGGCAUGGAUGCUGGACCCGGAGGGAGCGUCCACCUGCCAGCACCGUGGGAGGGCCUGCGCUGUGCCCCGGGGACCCCUCAUGAGCUCAGCUGCAGAGGGGCUGCUGCACCCUUGGCCCUGGGCUUUUAGGACUCAGUUGGAUGGCGCACGAGCCCUCGUGCCCCCGAGAGGUCUCUGAGGGUGUCUGUCAGCCCCCCAGAGCAGAGCCAAGCUUCAGAAGCAUCUGUGGUGUCUCAGAAUGAAAGUUUUGGCCAGGUCUGUGGCUCAGUCUACAGGACCCGAAUGUUCUGGAAGGUCCAGAUUGUGGAACGACGUUUUGGGGCAUUCUGGGAAUGUGGUGCAGAGAACAGCUAGGUGGACUAGCUCCCCGACAGUCGGUGCUUCUCGAGGGUGUGUUCCCCCGACUCCUAGAAGGAAGCAGCCAGCAGCAAAGCGCAGAGGGGGGAAUUCUGCUUUUGUAAACACGUGCAAAGUUACAGUAAAAGCCAGUCAGAAGUACACAUAAGUUAUUUAAUCCAGUCCACAUGUAACCAGGUAUUUUCACCUUGUCGAUAAUAAAUUCUUUUGUUAAUAAACA